GCUGGUUUGAGCGGUCGAUUUCCGACCCCUACCUAUUCUCUCUGCACAAUGAGUAAUGCUUGAAAUUGAAGUAAAAUCACUGAUACUGUAAGAAGCAAUGGGAAACGAGAAGUGACUCAAAGGGUGGACGUGCUUUGGAAUUUCCAUUUUGUAGUUUCAUUUUCUAUUUUGUGAAACACUCACGGGAUUGAAAGAGGAACAUCCACCAAUUAACAGAAACAAGUUUAACAGCAGGAGUUUACUAUCCAGGGGACUUCGUCGGGUGAGGAGCUGAGAGCACUGGACCUUUGAGGAUGUCCCUGGCUUUGAUCCCCGUCUUUCUCUUCGUUUUCUCGGUAAGAGCGACGGACUACAGGUUUCGAGAGCCAAGGAGGGAUGGCUUGACUGAGUGCAGAAAAGCUCAAAGUUUGACUGCUCUCGAGGUUGUGCCGGGAGGCGGCUGGGACAACUUGAGGAACCUCGACCGAGGUCGAGUGAUGAACAUCAGCUACUCUCUGUGCAAACUUACCGAGGACGGGAAAUACUUCAUCCCAGACCAAGUCUACGUGGUGCCCCAGAAGCAGACUAACAUGGAUAUCGUGUCGGAAAUCAUCACCAGCUGGAUGGACUACAAAAGCUCCACCAGUGCCUCAGUCAACGCUGAUGUAUCCUACCUCUCUAUCCUGAAUGCAAAGUUCUCCGCCAGCGUUGAGAGGGUCAAGACCCGACAGGUGCAGGACAGCAGCACGACCACUAGAAUCCAGGUGAGGAACUUGAUAUACAAGGUCAAAUCCGUGCCCGAUUUCCAGCUGGACCAAGACUUCAAACAACAGCUGAUUGAGAUUGCCAAUUACAUUGAGAACAACCAGACUAAAGCUGCCGAAUAUUUCGCUCAGUUGCUGGUCCUCAACUACGGGACUCACGUGUUGACGGGUAUCGAUGCCGGGGCGAGCCUGGUGCAGGAAGACCAGAUCCGUUCUAGCUUUGUGUCCGAAAGCUGGAGUCGAAAAUCCAGCAUCGGAGCGUCGGCCGGAGUCACCUUCUUCCAGACGGUGAACGUGGGCCUGGACACACAGUGGCAGAGCACCGACCAGUUCACCCGGCAUUACAUGAGCAACAGGACGCACUCGAGCAUCGAGAGCCACGGCGGGGUUCCCUUUUACCCUGGAAUCACCCUGCAGAAGUGGCAGCAGGAGAUCUCCAACCAGCUGGUGGCCAUCGACAGGAGCGGGCGGCCCCUCAACUUCUUUAUCCACCCACUCAACGUGCCCGAGCUGCCCGGGCCCACGGUGGCCAAGCUCACCCUGGCCAUCGAGAGGGCCAUCGCUCUCUACUACACCGUCAACACUCACCCGGGCUGCGUGGACAUCAACUCGCCCAACUUCAACUUCCAGGCCAACCUCGACGACGGCUCCUGCCAGGGGGACGGCACGAAUUUCACCUUCGGCGGCGUUUACCAGGAGUGCGCCCCGGUGUCGGGGCCGGACGCCCAGUCCCUGUGUGCCGGCCUGGACCAGAGCAACCCCCUGACCGGGGCCCACAGCUGUCCCGCUGGAUACUCGGCCAUACACCUGCACUCGGGCGUCCAGGAGGAGGGUAGGAGCCAUUACGAGUGUAACCGCCGUUGCCACACGUGUUGGCUGCUGGCGACAUGUUGCGACGACGUGUGCGGCGACGGCUACUACGUGAGCAAGGCCCGCUUUGAGGCCUACUGGUGUGCGGCGACGCCCAGCCUUGUCCUGCCCCAGAACUCGGGCUACCUCUUCGGCGGCCUGUACGGCCGAGUGUCCAGCAACGAGCUGACCCAAGGCCGCUCCUGCCCCGCGGCCUUCUACCCGCUGCGCCUCCUCCAGCACCUGCGGGUCUGCGUCAGCCAAGACUACGAGAUGGGCUUCCGCUACUCGGUGCCCUUCGGCGGCUUCUUCAGCUGCGAGGCGGGAAACCCGUUGGCUGCCCGGGCCCCAGGCCCAGACUCAGGCGCCGACCCCAAGCGUUGUCCCGGCGGCUACAGCCAGCACCUGGCUGCCAUCAGCGAUAGCUGCCAAGUCCUCUUCUGCGUCAAGUCCGGCUCCUUCAACGACCUCAAACUGGCCCCCAUCAACCUGCCGCCGUUCGCUCAGCCCCCCCUGCUCACCAAGGGCUCCACAAACACGGUGAUGGUCAUGUCCGCGUACCAGGAGCCUUGGGUGAAGGACAAGGUCACCAACCAGUGGAAGGUGGUCCCCAUCUCAGACGCCCGCCGUAUAUUUGACGGGGAGAAUUCCUCCAGAGGGGCUGGGGCGGCAGCUGGCAUCUCCAUUGCCAUAAUCCUGGUCCUGGUUGGCAUUCUCUGCCUUGUCUUCUUUAUCAAGAAGCGACGGAGGCAGCGCGGAUACCAAGCUCUGGCUGUAGAACAUGAAGUGAUAUCCACAACCAACUCUGACUCUGAGAUCAACACACUUGGCUCUCCUGAUCCCCACACAGAUGCCUGAGUCCCACUCCCUCCUUGAUCCACAACUGCAAUAAGGAUUGCAGAGCCUUCCUACAUUCACCCAUACAACCGGCAGAGAAUACCCAAUAACAUUAAGCAGUACGUUUAUGUUCACAAUAGACAAAACAAUAGACAAUAGGUGCAGGAGUAGGCCAUUUGGCCCUUCGAGCCAGCACCGCCAUUCACCGUGAUCAUGGCUGAUCAUCCCCAUUUUUUCACCUUUAUUAUUGUCACGUGUACUGAGGUACAGUGAGAAGCUUUGUUUUCCAAUGUUUGGAUCAUGCUUUCCGAUCAAAUCAUAAUACUAUACCUAAAUAUAAUCAAGCCAAACUCUAGUACAACAGGCACAGUGAAGGGAAAGAUACGGAGUGCAAAAUAUGGGGAGAGAAUAUGGGGAUAUGGGAUAUGGGGGGAUAUGGGGAGAAGGCAGGAACAGGGUACUGAUUGGGGAUGAUCAGCCAUGAUCACAUUGAAUGAUGGUGCUGGCUCGAAUGGCCUAAUCCUGCACCUAUUGUCUAUUGUCUAUAAUAAUUGAAUGAACAGGGGUAAUCUUUAGACUGUAUUGGUUAUUUAAGGAGAAACAGAAAGAGAGUAAAAUGUGUGGGAAAGAACUGCAGAUGCUGGUAUAUAACCAUAUAACAAUUACAGCACGGAAACAGGCCAUCUCGACCCUGCUAGUCCGUGCCGAACACAUAAUCUCCCCUAGUCGCAUAUACCUGCGCUCAGACCAUAACCCUCCAUUCCCUUCCCAUCCAUAUAACUAUCCAAUUUAUUUUUAAAUGAUAAAAACGAACCUGCCUCCACCACCUUCACUGGAAGCUCAUUCCACACAGCCACCACUCUCUGAGUAAAGAAAACCAUAUAAACAAGAUACAUACAAAAUAGGCACAAAAAGAGUUAGAUUUAGCUCUUAUGGCUAAAGGAAUCAAGGGACAUGGUGGAAAAAGCAGGAACGGGGUAAUGAUUUUAGAUCAGUGGUUCCCAACGUGGGGCGUACGCCCCACAGGGGGGCAAUUUGAUUUUUAAGCGGGGCAAUUGAGCGCGACUGAGGAGGUCUGGGUCCAAAUUUUCGAUUUUUAAUUUUUUUGGAUUUUCCAUCAGGUAAACAUAUGUAGUUUAUGUUUCAGAUGUUAUUUUGAGUAAAUAUUUUUUGGGGGUAAAAAAGGUCUUUAUUGUGUAGUUAUUACAUAAUCACCGCGCCAUCGCUCUUCAUGCAUGUCGCACGGAGCGCGCGAGGUCAAGGGAGUUCACUUUUUAAAUGAUAAGAAUUAUAUAUCACCACAUGGGGGGGGCAUCAAGAUUUUAGAGGUGAUUAGAUGGGGCUUGGCCAAAAAAAGGUUGGGAACCACUGUUUUAGAUGAUCAGCCGUGAUCAUAUUGAAUGGCUGUGCUGGCUCGAAGGGCUGAAUGGCCUACCCCUGCACCCAUUUUUCUAUGCUUCUAAAUGCUGGAGUAAGGCAGCGCGACAGGCAGCAUCUCUAGAGAGAAGGAAUGGGUGAUGUUUUGGGUUGAGACCCUUCUUCAGGGGUAGAUUGAAUUUGAAAUUCACGUAUUGGAACAUAAACAGAAGAGUGGAAUUGGAUAGGGAUAUUGAAGAAGCCAAAGAAAGAGACAAUGCUGGAGUUAAUCAGCGGGUCAGGCAGUAUCCCUGCAGAGCAUGGAUAGGUGAUGUUUCGGGUUGGGACCCUUCAUCAGACUGAUUGUAGGGAGGCGGGAAAGAAAGCAGAGAGAGGAGGGGCAGGAUAGAGCAUAGCUAAUAAUGGGUGAACUUGGGCAUGGGGGUUGAAGUAAGUCAUAUUGGUUCUGAUCAACACAGGCACUGUGACCUGCUUCUGACUGAAAGGUUUAUGUGAUUUGAACUGCCUUUUUGCAAACCUGACUUUGACUUAUUGACAAUGUUGCUGUUUCUUUGUACCCUUUUGAACCUAACACAGAACAUGAUGCAUUAACUAUCAUUGUGACUAACAUUACCAGUAAUUUUAUUAAUUAGAGUAACUUACCUGAACUGGUGCUACAAACUGAAAAUGUAGCCAUGUAGAAUACGACUAACAUUGAGCUAUAAAAACAAUAAAAUAUUAAAAUCCA